AGAUUAUCGACCUUUGUGCACGUCCUAUCUCAAAAUCUUCAGUCUCCUACCAAGUGGCCAGUUGCUCCAAACUUAAUGAGCACUAGACCACCAUGUAUGCUGCCACGGUGGUGAACGUUAUUAAGUUGGUUCAAAUUGGCCUAAGUUACCUGGCCAUGGUGCAGUUUUCCGCGUAUUUGUGGCCACCAGGUGCCGUCGUUCAAGAUGGAGCAAUCUUUGACUACAUUAUAGUGGGCGCCGGAACUGCUGGUAACGUCUUAGCCAACAGAUUAACUGAAGAUAAACAUGUGAACGUUCUUCUGAUAGAAGCAGGUGGUGACGCCCCAGUAGAUGUUGUUGUACCUGGCUGUACAAUCUUCCUAAAGCAAUCAAAUUACGACUGGAAUUAUACGACGGAACCCUAUAGGGUUACCAAUCAGUGUCAUCAGAAACCUUACCAUGAACCCAGUUCUGGCAAAAUGUUGGGAGGCACCAGCUCUCUGAACUACAUGCUGUACUCCCGAGGACAUCCUACAGACUACGACAACUGGGCGAGUAUAACUGACGAUGAUACCUGGAAAUGGGAGAACGUACUCCCAUAUUUCAAGAAGAGUGAAAGAAUUGAAGACCCUCACUUCCUUUCAUCAGACGAUAUGGCUAAUCACGGUUCAGAAGGUUUCGUAGGAUUAACAAAAGAACCCAGCACACGGACAAAUAAUGUUUUGGAAAGCUUUAGGGAACUUGGUUAUAAUGUGACUAAUGAUUCCACAGCAGGUUUUGGCUAUUCUAAUUCCUGGAUUUAUAUUGGGAAGGGCGGUCGACAAACUACUGCUUUAACGUAUUUAAGUCCAAUUAAAGAUCGUGAAAAUUUACACCUGUUGAAAAAGGCUCACGUCACUAAAAUAAAUUUCGAUAAAAAUAAGAAUGCUGAAGGCGUAGAAGUUAUAUUAGAAGAUGGUAAAUCUAUCCACGUUAAAGCAUCAAAAGAAGUUAUUAUAUCUGCUGGUACAUUUGGUUCAGCGAAAAUACUUCUACUGUCAGGAAUUGGCCCUAAGAAAGACCUCGAAAGUAAAAACAUCGAUUGCGUAUCAGAUCUACCAGUUGGAAAAAAUUUACAAGACCACAUUGGUGUAAUUAUUAUGCAUUCCAUGGAAAACACUGGACGGUUGCUACCAAAUCCUAAUAAACAUCCAGCACCUCCUGUGGUGGGAUAUGUAGCUUUGGACAAAAGCCAUAAGCAUCCAGACUAUCAAACAAUGUCGUUUUACGCGCACUCGAGACUCGUAUUGUACUUUUGUUCCUUCGCCUACAGAUUAAGUUACGAUAUCUGCGAUAAAAUAUUCACAUCCAGUAUGGGAAAAUAUAACUUAUUUACCGAAAUUGUUAAUUUACAUCCAAAAUUUAGAGGCGAAGUGUCUUUGAGAAGCUCAAAUCCGAUGGAUCCUCCUUUCAUUAAGACUGGUUAUCUGACAGAAGAAGAUGAUAUUGAUCAGUUGGUGAAAUAUAUCAAACGAGUGAUACCUAUUGUAGAUACCGCACACUUCAAAAACAUUGGUGCAGAAGCGAUUGAUCCUACAAUGGAUAAUUGUUCUGAUUUUAAGAAAGGUACUGAUGAAUAUUGGAAGUGCUACGUAUAUUGUAUGUUCUCUGGUACCAGUAAUUACGUUGGAACUUGUGCAAUGGGCAGUGUUCUUGAUAGUAAGUUAAAAGUCCUUGGUGUCCAAAAAUUAAGGGUUGUCGAUGCAAGUGUCAUGCCAGUUAUAACUAGAGGUAAUACCGAAGGCCCAGUCACUAUGAUUGCUGAAAAAGCGGCAGACUUCAUCAAAAAAGAUAAUUUUGAUAAAUGUUAAUGUGAUUUUUUGUUGCCCUUUCUGAUUUGUUUUCACUUGUUUGAUAUUAAAGUUAUA